GGCACUCCCGGUCCUCCAUAUUUUAAAGCAACUUCAAAGUAAAGUUCAUUAAAGAUAUCAUUAAGGGAAUCGCAUUGGUUAUAACUGUAAACAAAGGCACAGUAAGUAUGGAUUACUGUUGCACAUCUAGCAUUAAGUAUUUAAUUAGUAUACUGAUUUUAAUGUCUUUCACUAUGAACACUGACAGUAAACUGUCAUACCCUCAAAAUAGUAGCAUUCUAAAAUAGUAUGUUGGCUUCAUAUUAAAUUGCUGGCAAGUGUAAAACAGAUCGAUCUUUAGUUCUUGUUUUUUUCUUUGACGUUGGGUUCAUUUACUAUUCAUGUCCUUUUGUCUUUUUACUUCAGCCUGUUUAUCUUAUCUGUCAUUUUAUGGACAUCUGUGGACCGUGUAGCAUAACAGCACUUAUAUCAGACUCUUUGGAUCUCAGACGCAUUUCAGGAAAGUUCACAAUGGCCUGUGUUUGGAAGAUUAUACUCCUCAACAUUUUUAUUGUCUAUGGUGGAUGCAAGGUUUUGACAGGUCAUUUUUGGCACAUCACAGACCUCCACUGGGAUCCCUCUUAUGGUUUAGGGAGUGAGAACUCUGCAUCUGUUUGUGCCUCUAGUGGAGACCGUCCAACCCCAAACGCAGGAAAAUUUGGAGAUUAUCUAUGUGAUUCAUCAUGGGCUCUGAUAAACUCAUCAAUACAUGCCAUGAAAUAUAUUCUGUCUGACCCGGACUUCAUUGUGUGGACUGGGGACGAUACACCUCAUGUGCCAGAUGAACAUCUGGGUGAAGAAUCCGUCCUGAGUAUAAUUGGCAACCUCACCCAGAUCAUAAAAGCUCUGUUUCCUAACACCAAAGUUUACUCUGCUCUGGGGAAUCAUGACUACCAUCCAAAGAGUCAGAUGCCCCCUGAACAAAACAACAUUUAUGAGCAAACCGCAAACCUGUGGCAUGACUGGCUCCAUCCUGCUUCUAAAGAAACCUUCAAAAGAGGUGGAUAUUACACAGAAAAGCUGCUGAAUCAAACUGGUUUGAGAGUUGUGGUGCUAAACACUAACCUCUAUUACGAUCAGAACAAACUUACAGAAAACAUGAAAGACCCUGCAGACCAGUUCAGCUGGGCUGAUCAAGUCCUUAGUGAUGCCGCCAAAAACAAUGAAAAGGUUUAUCUUAUCGGUCACGUGCCUCCUGGCUUUUUUGAAAAGAAGCGACAUAAGCCAUGGUUCAGGGAAGAGUUCAAUAAGCGCUAUAUUGAUCUUAUCCAGAAGCAUCAUGCUGUUAUACUUGGACAGUUCUUUGGUCACCAUCACACUGACAGCUUCCGCAUGUUUUACAGCCCAAACGUAUCUCCAAUAGGUGUAAUGCUCCUGACCCCAGGAGUGACACCCUGGAAAACAACUCUGCCAGGCGUCGUGGAUGGCGCAAAUAAUCCUGGCAUUCGAGUGAUUGAGUAUGACACCAAAACUCUUUUGGUGAAGGAUGUCGUGACCUAUUUCCUGAACCUGACUUUCGCAAAUGUUGCACGGUCCCGUUGGGAGAAGGAGUACCGCCUGACAGAAGCAUUUCGCGUGCCCGAUGCCUCUCCUGCCUCAAUGCACCAUGUGAUUGAGCGGAUAUCUAAUGAGAAGUGUUAUCUGCAGAAAUAUUAUGAGUUCAACUCCGUCAGUUACGACCUCACAGAUUGCAACAGUGACUGUCGAAUCGAUCAUGUUUGCUCAAUGCGGGAAGUUGAUUUUAAGGACUAUGAGAAAUGUGUCUUAAAAGAGGGAACAUCAGCAACUGGCCCAAUGCUGUUUACUUUGAUUCUAUCUCUGGUGUUGAGCUUAUUGUAUGUUGGAUGCUAACAGCUCAUUGCUCAGAAAACUAUAAAAAAUGAAAGACAAUUGUGUUAAGACUUGAGUAAA